AGGGGCCGGGGCAGGGGAGGCCGGGACCAUCGCAGCGACAAUUGCUUUUUCUGCGGCGGCGGCACGGGGACGGCUGCUGCAGGCUUGGGAUCAGCCGGCCUGCGCGUGGGUUUUCGAGGGACCUGUUCGCCCCCGGCGCCGGGGAGCCAGGGCAGCGAAGGGGAGGAGGAGGAGGAGAACAACGCACGGAGCCCGAGCGAGUGGAACUAGCAAAGCACCGUCGGUCUGCAGAGGGCAAGCAGAGGAGGCACGGCCGAGGCAAGCGAGCGGGCGCCUCGUGGUUGGGUGCCAUAUCACCCGGCUGCAGUGCCUUCUAGUAAAAGCCACCGCGGCCCAGGCUGCAGCGGCCAGACGGAUGCCAAGGCCACACGGCAGGCGCGGGGACAGCCGCUGCAGUCGCCGUCCCACGCCCGCUCCGGACAUCAGAGGUUGCUGAUGAAGUGAUUGAGAAGAAGCAGUGAACAUCUUCAUUUUGUAGACAGGACAACAUGGAUCAGCCGUUUACUCUGAAUUCUCUGAAAAAGUUAGCGGCUAUGCCUGACCAUACCGAUGUUUCCCUCAGCCCGGAAGAGCGAGUCCGGGCGCUGAGCAAGCUGGGCUGUAACAUCGCCGUCAGUGAAGAUAUCACUCCGCGCCGCUACUUUAGAUCCGGAGUGGAGAUGGAGAGGAUGGCCUCUGUGUAUUUGCAAGAAGGGAACUUGGAAAACGCCUUUGUUCUUUAUAAUAAAUUCAUAACUUUGUUCGUAGAAAAGCUUCCCAGCCAUCGAGAAUACCAGCAAUGUGCGGUACCCGAAAAGCAGGAUAUUAUGAAGAAACUGAAGGAGAUUGCAUUCCCAAGGACAGAUGAAUUGAAAAAGGAGCUUUUAAAGAAAUAUAACGUAGAAUACCAAGAAUAUUUGCAAAGCAAAAACAAAUACAGAGCUGAAAUUCUCAAAAAACUGGAGCACCAGAGAUGGAUAGAGGCGGAAAGGAAGCGAAUCGCUCAGAUGCGCCAGCAGCAGCUAGAAUCAGAGCAGUUUCUGUUUUUUGAAGAUCAGCUCAAGAAACAAGAAUUAGCCCGAGGUCAGAUGCGCAGCCAGGAAACCCCAGCGCUGUCGGAGCAGAUUGAUGGGAGUGCUUUGUCCUGCUUUUCCACACACCAGAACAAUUCCCUGCUGAAUGUGUUUGCAGAUCAACCUAAUAAAAGUGAUGCAACCAAUUACGCUAGCCACUCUCCUCCUGUAAACAGGGCUUUAAAGCCAGCUGCUACUCUAAGUGCUGUUCAGAAUUUAGUGGUUGAAGGACUUCGAUGUGUGGUUUUAUCAAGAGAUCUUUGCCACAGAUUUCUGCAGCUGGCAGAAUCUAAUACAGUAAGAGGAAUAGAAACUUGUGGAAUACUUUGUGGAGAACUGACGCAUAAUGAAUUUGCUGUUACUCACGUAAUCGUGCCAAAGCAGUCUGCGGGACCAGACUAUUGCGACGUAGAGAAUGUAGAAGAAUUAUUCAGUGUUCAGGAUCAACACGAUCUCCUCACUCUGGGAUGGAUCCAUACGCAUCCGACCCAAACUGCAUUCUUAUCCAGUGUUGAUCUUCACACUCACUGUUCCUAUCAGCUCAUGUUGCCAGAGGCCAUUGCCAUUGUUUGUUCACCAAAGCAUAAAGACACUGGCAUCUUCAGGCUCACCAGUGCUGGCAUGCUAGAGGUUUCCACUUGUAAAAAGAAGGGCUUUCAUCCACACACCAAGGACCCCAGGCUGUUCAGUCAUUCACAAGAACAAUAAUGCCCAUCUGACACAGCAUACAUGGAGUGAUUCCCAGGCACAGAUGUUCCCCUGUAGAGAAUAUGUGUUGGUGUAAGCACCAAGAGCUCUUCUGAGGUCAAGGCCCUGUAGUAUUUACAUUUAUUCUUCUCCAAGGCCAAAAGAUCCUGGCUCGGUUCCAGACUCUGCCACUCCUAGCUGUGUGACCUUGGGAUAACACCUAAUGUAUUUGAGCCCCGAUUUCUUCAUUUAUAUAAUCAGGAUAAUAAUAGCUUCUGCCUCACAUUGUUAAGAUUCAAAGAGACAAUGCAUAUAAAAUGCUUAGCCCGGGGCUUAACCAGAGCAAGCAUGAAAUUGACAUUAGAUAUUUUUAUUGGAUAGCUCAUCCAAACUGGAAACCUUGCCUAGCUGGUAGAAUGGAUGGUCUCCUGCUACAGGUCUUUGAGCUUCAGACAAGUCACAAUAAUGACAAUGAUAAAUAUUAUUUGUUGAAUGUUUAUUAUACUAGGCGUCAUGAUAUACAUUUAAC